AUGGGUGUCUGCUCACAGGCAAAUGCGUGGGCCGGUUUGAGCAGCAGGAAAUGGUCGGAACCGUCUGCAAUGGAGAGCGAGUUGUUGCCGGUCGCGGCGGCCAGGAAUCAUACAAAGGAAAAUGCCCAGCAGUUUUUUGACCCAGAGACACAGGUCUAUAAUGUACAUACAGUACAGCAACAGGUUAGGGUAGAGGAGGGGUCGUGGUCGUUGGGCAGUGGCUGCACUGGUGGCCGCCCGUCUUGCGCUUCUCAACUGGGCCAGGCAAGGACAGAUGAGUGGGCCCGUCCAAUCGACGUGCGGCCCUGA